GGAGCCUAGGUACUAAUACGAAAAAAUGGCGGUCAAACAACAUCGUUGAACAAAGAAUGAAAACCUCCAAUGAAAAACGAAAACUUCUCCUUUAUGAGGAAUGGAAGGACUAAAUGCCAGGAGCAAAAGAACUUGUGGAGCUUUCAGGCCAAUCAAAGGGUAUUAUAACUCUGAUUAUCCAAAGCGUGUACCACCGGAACGAUUUGUUGCAUCACGUCUAGUUGGUGGACUAAAAGAUUUGUUUUCACAGUUAUCAAACAGCAAGAAGGAUAUAAAAACUAAAGAACGUCCUAAAGAAAAUGAGAAUGGAAUCAUCCACUCCAAGCCAGUUCCCAACCUUGCUGGGAGAUAUAAAGUUUUACACCUCAUCGGUAGUGGACAGUCUUCAAUACUGGUUGCUGCAGAGGAUCUUCACCAUCCUACCAAACAAGUAGUUGCCAUCAAAAUUAUGAAUUUAGACUACAAAACCCUUGGUGCUCAGGAAGCUGAUUGCAUCCAGCAGCUUAACAGAGCUGAUCCAUUGAAAGUCUCAAGGAUUAUACGAUUAUUGAAUACGUUUAUAUAUGAUGAUCAUUAUUGUAUGGCAUUUGAGCUUCUUCACCCAAAACCUUUACAUCAAUACUUUCAGAGAACAGAACUUGAUUCUGAGGAUGAAAUCUUUGAAAAGCUCAAAGAAGUGACCACUCAGAUUCUUGGAGUAUUGGGAUUUCUCAAAAGAGAAAAUGUCAUCCAUGCAGACCUGAAACCAGAGAACAUUCUCCUUGAAUCAGGUAGAAAAAUGAGAAUCAAGGUUGUUGAUUUUGGGAAUGCUAUUCGCUGGGUUCAUCAAGAAAUGUCACUGUAUUAUGAUAACUUCGAGCUUCAAACUUUACUCUACCGUGCACCAGAGGUAAUGUUUGGAGUUCCAUUUGGACCAGAGAUAGACAUGUGGUCCUUAGGCUGUAUAGUUGCUGAGCUCUACUUGGGUGAGCCACUGUUCAUGGAACAAAGCAAGAUGGGCAUCUUACAGGAGAUGGUAUCUGUACUUGGCCCAUUUCCACGAAUUCCUUUCCAGUCUGGAAAAUUUUACUCCGAAUUUGCUGGUUUUAUCAGCUCAAAAUCAGGUCCACUUGUUCCAUCCCUGGAAACAAGAUUAAUGAAGAAACUACACAACAUGAAAAACUUUACCUUCGCCAAUUUUCUUUCUGGUUUACUGCAGUAUAAUCCAAACAACCGUUUGACCCCAGUACAAGCAGCAUCUCAUCCAUUUCUUGCCUCUCACUUCCCUUUCGCGGAAUUCUUAACAACAGAAGACGAGCUCCAAGGUCGAUCAGAAACUCGUCGUUCAGGAAUACUUCUGACUCCAUCUCAGUACACAUACCGUCCAAACAUCGAUGAUGAUAUUCGUCGACAGCACCUCUCGUCUCUUGACCUACUCCAUUGCGGAACAAGAGGCAAAAACUCCCUGGUACCAAAACGGACUAGCACCCCUCCUGUGGGGCGAGUUGUCCCUCUGGUAAAUUAUGGUAGAAGUAAUUCAAUUGAUAAAGAAGACACCAAGCGACAUCUAAAUCAAGGAAUAUCAGAGAGACAAACUACUGAAACUCAAGCCACGCAGGGUUCUGUGUUGCAGGGUGGCAGAAACAGCACUCAGAAAAUAGGGCAAAAAUCCGUUUCACUAAAGAUCGAGGAAAACGCUUUACCUAUUCCAUCUAAUAUAUUGGAAAACAAAAAUGGCAGUCUGUUACACCAACCCGCGGGAAACACGCGAGUGACUGAGGGAACGAAGUUUUUAUUGGCCAACGAAACACAAGGUGUGGCUCCUUUUAACAUACCAGUUACGUCGCCUGAUGAACGUCGCUAUCAAAGGAGUUCAGAGAAAAUCGUUAAUAUAAAAGCCCAAAACUCAAAUACAAUUGAAUUUCACGAAAAUCCUUCCCAAAGUAAUGAUGCAUUAAAAGAUACAAGUUACGAGUGCCUUGAAGGUGGCAUGGCUGACAGUAGAGAUAGUGAUGCUGUUGAAUCCAGGGAACGAACUGAAUAUCACCGCGAUAAAACAUCGUCUGCCAGGAUACGAAUCUACUGUCGCUCAAAGAAACCCCGAACCAAGAAAGAUUCUAUCUUACAAGGCAAUGAACUAAGUCUUUCAGACACAGGUAGUUGUUCUCAUAUUGCUGAAGGAGAUUUUGUACUUUCACAGGGUCAAUCAUUUCAGGCAUCUUUGAGUUCAGACUCCUAUCUACCAGAGUCGUAUUCAAAACUCGAAACAAGUCGUAUGUCGUACGCGACGUGUGACAGAAGUAAGGACGAAACUGGCGAAGGUUAUCAGACAAAUAAUCGAUCCACGUCUCCGUCUAUUAAGAUGUCAGAUAUCAAGAACAGUAGCAGUAGUCGAAAGAGAAGUAUGUUAUCAGACGUUUCGUCUUCAAUGAGUGAUGUUUUUUCCUCUGAUAAUGAAAUCUCCGAGUCGAGAUCGCAAAGAGGAAACUCAUCGAAGAAAAAUGUCAAAUUACAAGAACUGGAAAAAGCAACAACAGAGAAAACGACUCGACUAAAGGAGCAAGGAGAUAAUCAACUUCAUUUAACACCGAAAAGAGCUCGCUGUUCACUAAAACUAGUAUAUUCACACGAAAAUGACGAGGUGAAUCUUCUCUAAGCCCAACACAGUGUAAGCAGGUCUUCUCGUUGGUAAUCUGUGAUGAAGUCAGAAUUUUAGUUCUUUUAUAAACAGACCAGUUUAUAAGGAAACAGUUUUAUAUAUUUUGUAUCAUACAUAUUUUUAACCAUAUCGAUAGAUAUCUUUUACAGAUGUUGUUCCCAUAUCAGCAAAAAAUACGAUUAAAACACACUCUGAACACAAGGAUAGAAACGUGUACACAGAUCGAGUAUCUUGGGCUCGUUGCACAGGGUAUUUACAAGGAAUAUAGUUCAUUUUCUCUUGGUAUUCAUUUUUACAUCAGUAACACUUCUCGGGCGAGAAUGCAAAGUACUCUGGUGGGGAAAGGAUGCAUUCCUCUCGCUUUACUAAACUCAUAUAAAGAAUGAAUCUAACAAUGAA